GUCUCUUCCGGCUCUGUUCUGCACCGAAGAGUUGCGUGCCGAGUUGCCUGGCGUCUGUGCGUUCUGCCGUGCAAGGACUCGCUGAGGUUGAGGGGGAAGAUGAAGAACGAGAGGGCCGAGCUCUGCUCCACUUGCCACGGCGCCUCCGGGCGCGGCCAAGUCUGAGUGCUCUCUGGCUGUCAGUCGCCAGGGUGGGGCGGUGCCCAGAGGGCGGGGCCAGGCGAUGGCUGCGCCCACGGUGCUCCUGCUCGUCCUAAGCCGCAAAAGCAACUUCUGUGGAAAAGGCUGUUUUAUUUUUCUUCUCAGAAAUGAUUUUUUGCCGGAGUAGUUGGAGUGACCAGCGUCAUAAGCCUUGCGAUUUCAGCGCCUCUGGAAUGCUAACAGUUGUGUAUAACAGUGCCGCUGUGCACUGAAACUCCUCCGCUGCACUAAAGCAAUGCGUGCCUCAGUGAAAGGCGUGUUCGUGCACACCUCCGUGUGACAGGAUGGCGGCUCCUCCCUCGUCCCAUGAUCCUUCAGAGGACUCAGUCUGCCUUCAGGAAGAAAAAAUAUCAGCAGAAAUGAUGUUGGUUGAUUGCCUGACAGAUUAUCAGGAGUUAGUGAGCUUUGAGGAUGUGAUUGUGGACUUUACCCAAGAAGAAUGGACCUCACUGAACCCAGAUCAGAGGAACCUCUACAGAGAUGUGAUGCUGGAGAACUACCAGAACCUGGCCACAGUAGGAUAUCAGCUCAUCAAACCCAGCUUGAUCUCUUGGUUGGAACAAGAUGAGUUUAGUGCAGGUCAGAAGAUAGUUUUUCCAGAAUGGAAAAUACAGCUUGAAACCAAAUGUCCAGCAUUCCAGCAGGAAGUUUUGAGUGGUAACAUAUCCAAUGGAAUGCAAAUGCAGACAGGAAGCGACCGAGGAACGGAGCUCUGUGAUGGGACACAGUAUGGAGAGUUCGUCAGUGAGCUCUCGUCUCUCAGGUCAGAUACGAAAACUCAGCCUGCACAGGAUAAUUACGAGUGUAGUCAGUACAGAAAAGACUUUCUAAUGCUUCAGAGGGAAAACUGUGCUGGUGACAAACUCUCUGAGUUCAGUCCGAGUGAAGAAACUGGAACGGCCCCAGUUAAAGCUUAUGAGAAAAUUGCCACCCAAGAGAAAGGUUUUGAAUGUAGUGACUAUGGGAAGUCCUUUAUGAGUGAGUCACAGCUUCAGACACACCAGAGAACUCACAGUGGGGACAAACUUUAUGAAUGGAAUGAAUGUGGGAAAAGCUUUAUAAACUCAAGACUUGCCAUGCUUAUAGAAACUCUCAAUGCAAAGAAACCUUACAGAUGUAAGGAAUGUGGGAAAGGCUACAGAUACCCUGCAUAUCUAAAUAUUCACAUGCGAACUCACACCGGUGAAAAGCCCUAUGAGUGUAAGGAGUGUGGGAAAGCCUUCAAUUACUCCAAUUCAUUUCAGAUCCAUGGAAGAACUCACACAGGAGAGAAACCCUAUGUGUGUAAUCAGUGUGGGAAAGCCUUCACUCAGCACUCAGGGCUUAGCAUCCAUGUCCGAUCUCACAAUGGAGACAAGCCCUAUGGAUGUAAGGAGUGUGGGAAAGCCUUCCUUACAUCCUCUCGACUUAUCCAACAUAUAAGAACUCACACAGGAGAAAAGCCCUUUGUAUGUGUCAAAUGUGGGAAAGCCUUUGCUAUUUCUUCAAAUCUUAAUGGGCAUCUGAAAAUGCAUGCUGAAGAGAAGACCUGUGAGUGCAAGAUUUGUGGGAAAGCAUUUGGAUAUCUUUCAUGUCUUAAUAAUCACAUGAGAACUCACAAUGCCAAAAAAUCAUACACAUGUAAGGAGUGUGGGAAGGCCUUUAACUAUUCCACCCACCUUAAAAUUCACAUGCGAAUCCACACUGGAGAGAAGCCCUAUGAGUGCAAACAGUGCGGGAAGGCCUUCAGCCACUCCACUUCAUUUCAGAUCCACGAGAGGACCCACACUGGAGAGAAGCCCUAUGAGUGUAAGGAGUGUGGGAAGGCCUUCAUCUGCCCCAGUUCCUUCAGGAUUCAUGAGAUAAGUCACACCCACACGGAAGAGAAGCCCUACAAGUGCCAGCAGUGUGGAAAGGCCUACAGUCAUCCUCGUUCACUCCGCAGACAUGAAAGAACUCACUAGAGAAAAGCCUAGUUGAUUGACGCAGUGUGACGAAGCCCUUAUUUGCGCUCGUUUACUUUGAAGACAUGAUGGUCCAGUCCCUCACACUGGAGAGAAACUAUUAAAAUUAGAUAUGUAGCUUAGGGCAGUGCUGUGUUGCCAUACUGAGCAACACAAAUAUUCCAUGUAAAAAAAAAAAAUUAAAGCAGAUGCCGGCAAGAUGGCCCAGUGGGUAAAAGCACUCGAUGGGAAUGCCUGGCCGCUUGCAUUUGAUCCACACCCACGUGAAACACAAGCACGGCAUGCAUCUGUAUUCUCAGCAUUCCCUCAAGAUCACCUGGAAGCUUGCAGGCCAGGUGGUCUACGCAGCAUGACAGAGAGGAAGACUGCCUCAGCAAGGUGGAAGACCUAAUGCCGUGACAUCUCUGAUCUCCAUGUGUCUGCCCACCCUUUCACAUAUACACAGUAAUACAAAACUGCUUCAAGAAUUGAAAGGAGGACUGGUGAGAUGGCUCAGCAGGCAGACGCGUUCUCCAUACAUUCCUGAUGACUUGUCUUCUCUCCCUGGAUCCCACAGUGUAAGGAGAGAAUUGGCUCCUAGAAGCUGCCCUCUGACCUCCAUGUGAAUGCUGUGGCAUGUACCCCCCCCAUAAUAUUACACUUUAAAACUUCAAGUGAGGGACUGUAGAGAUGAGUCACAGUCACAAGCACCUGCUGCCCUUGAGAGGGCUGGGCCUCAGUUCCCAGCAGCCACGGCAGCUCGCGGCCAUCCAUAACUUGGUGAAGGGGAUCUGGGCCCCUUCUGGGCUCUGUGACCACUCAGCAUACAGUGAAUGCAUAUGUGCAGGUGAAACAUGUGUAAAGUAAAAAUAAUAAAAAGCAAAUUAGGUUUCCAUGAGUCCAUUAGAAGUGACAUGUGCUCAAGAGGUUAAGAUGCUGCAGGACGCACACAGAAGGCCAUGGAAGCUUCAGACGGCCUUCUGCAAAUAGAGACAAGUGGCCAGCACAAGUGUGGGGCUACGGCCUCCAGAGGAAACUCCCUCAGUUACGCUGACCUCUGGUUUCCAGAUUGUAAGAAAUAAAUAACCACGUUUAAGCUA